AUGAGGAACUCGAGUCACCGUCGAGAGGCCAAGGCAGGGCGCGGCGGUUCCGCGGGUCGGUUGGUGCAACCUGGAGACGGGCUGGCAGCGAUUUCUUGCCGUCCAGAGGACAGGAAACGCUUCGAUGAGCUGCAUGCUAUCUACCAGUCGGGUGUACGUACACUCGACCCCGUUCUCCUGGAGGAGACGGCCGAGGCUCUGGAUGUGAAUAGCGGCAGCUACACGGUUUGGAUGCUGAGGCGACGGGUGCUCACCGAGUUUCCGUCUCUCCUCAAUUUCGCUGAACUAGAGUUUGUUCGCGACUGGACAACGGCGAGCUUGAAAAACUACCAGGUUUGGUUUCACCGACGGUGGGUCGUUGAGAGGCUGCUGGACCGCAUGCGGGAAACAAAGCCCAGAACGGACGGAGACGACGAGGCAGAGACGAGCGAUGCAAGCAAAGAGGCAAUUGCGGCGCUGUGCGAGGACGAAUUGCAGAGCGUAACAGACGUCUUGCGCAAAGACGCGAAAAACAUGUCAGCUUGGUCUCAUCGCGUGUGGCUUCGACGUGUCUACCCCCGCCCGCUCGCCGAAGACUUUUCCUGGGCGCUGCAGUGGCUACAUGCAGAUCCAUUCAACAAUUCCGCGUGGAUGUUUCGACAACUUCUCGCACGCGAAAAGGCCGAAAGAAGAGGACGGCGCGUAACAGCCUCGCGAGACGAGGCCGCGCGAAGCCCAAGCGACGAGAGCGAGCGAGAAGAAGCCCCGCAGGAGAAGGACCAGCACAAGACGGAAGGCGAUCCGGGACCCGGAGUGCAGGAGGCUGUUUCAGCACAAGAGAGGGAGCGACGGACACUUCGACACAAAGCGAAAACGUGGAUGGCCGAAGUUCGCUUUUCCCUCGUCUCCUGGAGCGCACAACCAAGCAACGAGGCAGCGUGUAGGUACCUCCUGCAUGCAGCGAGUCAGACGCUUGCCGCGCUCCGAGAAAUCGACGGCGACCGAGAAGAUUCAGCCCAAGUCGACAGCGCAGACGGAGGCGGCCAGGACAAUGAGCCAUCAGCGGACGAAGCAAAGGAGGAAUGCGACGAUGCAGACGACGAGAAAAUAAACAGCGAGAGACUCCUCCAAAUUCUUCGGCGCGCUGCGCACCGAGUAUGUGAACGUGUGGCAAACCGCCACAUACACCGUCCAGCAGCGCCGGAGCAGCCUUCUACCACUUCUUCUUCCUCUCUUUCUCAGCCUUCUGCUUCUUCUUCCUGUCUUUCUCAGCCUGCUGGCUCUUCUUCCUCUGUUUCUCAGCCUUCUGCUUCUUCUUCCUCUCUUUCUCAGCCUGCUGGCUCUUCUUCUUCCUCUCUUCCUCAGUCUUCUUCCGCUUCUUCGUCUUCUCUUUCUCAGUCGUCUUCCUCUUCUUCUUCCUCUCUUUCUCAUCCUUCUUCUUUUUCGUCUCCUUCUCAGUCUUCUUCCUCUUCGGCCCCGUGUGAGCCUUCAUUCGACGCGGCUCGGGGGCGGCACGAGAGCCACGCAGCCGCCGAGACAGAAGGCGCGUCUGCGAGGCCCAGAGAGGAGGCGGAGGCGCCGUGCUGCUGGCCCAGGGGCGAGGCGAAGGGUGCGCUGAGAUUCGCGCUCGAGGUGCUGCUUUUCUGCGCCGAAGACAGGCGCCGGCUGGCGGAGGCAUGCGCGAUUUGCAAUCGCCUCGCCCAAGUUGACCCAAUACGCAAGGCCUACUGGACAUGGAGAAGCGAGACGUUGGCGGAUAAGUAG